CUUUGAAAUAAAUAUUUUGCGAGUUGAAUCAUUUAUAUACAUGUUGUAUUUCGUUUUUGAAACAAUUCUUUUGUGAUAUUUGUUUACAGGGUAGAGAGGUAGGCAGAGCAGUUCGACAUUGCCCACAAUUAGAGAUGGAAGAUACAGAUCUACAACACUAUUUUAGUGUCUUACAGAAUCUGCUGUCAGAUCCUGCAUAUCUGUCUGCUAAUACUGCUGCGCAGAAUGCUAAAACGAAAUUAUUACAGCUUCAAAAUGAUACCUUAGUCAUUGGAAAAGACGAUGUCCUUAAUGUGCUGGAUGAUGUUCGUAAAACAGUUCAAGAUGCUAAAAGCAAAAAGUUACAACUUAUCCAACUUACAAAAAAGCAUAUCAGUGAUAUUGUCAAACGUGGAAAGGUGUCAAUGUCUCAGUUAGAUAAAGCAUAUAAAUCUGCAAUGGAUGAAAUAGAAAAGCAAGCAAAGAAAUCGAUUGAAGACGUACAAGCUGAAGGAGCAAAACAAAAAGAAGAUAUAGUGUCAGAAGGACAUACUGUUAAGAGAAAGUUAGUAGAUGCGACUGAUCAAGAAUUUAAAAGGUUGAAAACAGAGGCCACUGCAGUUAUUGCAUCAAAAGCUGGUGAAGUUGCAGAACAAAUAGCGGGAGCCAGAGAUGAAGUGUUAGAGCAGAUUGAGAAGACAAAAACAGAAAGCAAAGAAGAUAUAUACAACAAAUUAAAAAAUGAACUGAAGGACGAUUUGAUAGAUCUCUACAGGGAAAGGCACCAUACCCUACCGAUGUCACCUUUAAUGGAAGAAAAUGACACGCCUCUCCUUAAGUUUUACGUCAUGCCAGACAUAGAGUCAGUGGAAAUUCAGAGGGCGCGUGGAGGUGGCAAAGAAAUUAGAUCAAAGGUUACGUCAUUGCAUGAUGUUUUCUACAAGGAAAAAGAACCAUGUCGCAAAAUUUACCUUACUGCGGAUGCUGGGUUUGGGAAAACAGCAUUAAGUAAACGGCUCGUUUUAACGUGGUGUCAAGCCAAAAACUGUAUCCCAAACGAAGAUGAACAUUUUAAGAAGGAAGACAUUAGUACUAUGUCGAACUUUGACUUUGUGUUUUUGUUGUCCUUACGUGAUUGUUCCGAAGAAUGGGACAUUGAUGAGAUGAUCAAAAAACAAAUAAUUAAUGAUCUAGCACACACUAUUUCAACUAGUGAUUUUGAAAAAAUUCUUUCUGAGGAAAGGUGCCUGAUGAUAUUGGAUGGAUUGGACGAAUUCACACACCCAAAAAGUGACAUUCCACACAGGAAAGCUAGGAGGGAAUGUACAAUUCUCACAACAACUAGACCGUGGAAGUUGGGCGUUAGUAAGAUACGCUCAAGUGAAAUAGAGCGAAAGUUGGAACUUAUUGGACUUAGUGAAACAUCUGCUGAAAGUUUAAAGAGGACUGUGAUCUCACUGUUAUGUGGUAAAACUGACAUAGAAAAACACAUUCAAGACUUUGAUCUCGCUGUCAGUGAUAGAGGUAUUUCGGAUUUGGAAACUAUUCCGCUCUUACUGAUGUAUAUUUUGUGUUUAUGGUGUGAUGGAAUAGAGCUAGGAGCAUCUAGAACUGAGUUAUAUUGUCAGACUGUUGAACUGCUUCUUAAACGAACGUUUGAAAAAUAUCCCGACAUGCAACAGUCGCGCGAACAGUCCCAGAGUGAUAUCCCACAGUGUUUCAGUGAACAUGAACAUUGUAAGGAACACUACACAUUUCUGCAAGCUUUAGGACAAUUAGCAUUUGAAACGUUAUUCGGUGAAAACAAAGAAAGCACCCUUGUGUUUAGCCAGUCAAUGACAGAGAAAAAUCUAACCUCAGAGUAUUUGAAAUUAAGUCUUAACUCGGGAAUAUUAACACAAAGUAUAGAAAAGACACUAACAAAACAAAUUUCGAAAUUUUCUUUUUCGCACAAAACAGUGCACGAGUUUUUUUGUGCAUUGUACAUUAGCUGUCAAAGUGAAAGUGAUGUCAAAAACAUUGUUUUAAACAAAUGCAAAAGUUUGCAAAGUAUUCUUGACAUGUCGACAGUGCUUGUUUUCAUCAGCGGAAUGGUGAAUGUAGAAAUCAUUACUUCAAUAUCACAGGAAUUUCUUUCUGUUAUCAGCGAGGAUAAGAUAACGAGCGAAUACAGAUCCACGACUGACGGGAACUGUAAACCUCUGAAAGACAUACAAGACAUGUACAUUUCUUGUAUGAAAGAAAACACGAGCGAUAAGGAACUCAAACUUUUCUGUCAAGAUUUUUUCUUUAGUGAAGAUUGUAAAGAAGAAAAAUACUUUUCAUAUUUAGCACGGCUCGCGGUACAUAAUAAAAACAACAUGGCCUCAAUAAAUAUCGGCACUGCAUACAGUGGUCGUAGUUUACGUGAAAUUAUCGAUUGUUGUGAAUUGCACGAACUGUUCCAGAUCAAUAAAAUAUUCUACUUCGGUGAAGUAGAAAACGCACAGCUUCCUGUACUGUUGGACAAGUCGCCGAAAUGUGUCACUGUUAUAUCGCCUGAUCUACCUGGUUCUUGGAGCCGUGAAAUGUUGGAAACAUUACAGAAUAAUUCUCUGUUACAAGCAAUUCAUAUCCACAGUUUCAAGAUGAGCCACGAUGUACUGAAUGACUUUCUGAAUUAUAUUAUAAACAGAAAAACAAUGACGGAGAUUAGAUUGUGGGGCUUAUACUGUACCGAGCACGAGCGUUCGUGUACUUUCAGUUUAGAUUUUAGUCAGCAUUCAGAUCUAAGGGAGUUAGAAUUGAGCACGAUACCUGAAGUGUCACAAUUGAAAGUUAAUAGUCAAGUGAAACACGUGAGGUUGCAGGGUAUCAAUCUAGGUGAAAGGUCGCUGCCUCCUGAAAUGGCGAAUAUUGAAAGUGUUUAUUUGUGGGAGGUAAACAUGUCUGCUUCAACAUUGCGUGAUCUCGUUAAGGUAGUGGAGAAACUUUCACACAAAGUCACAGUAACAAUAGGCAGGUCGUGUGAGAUAGAACCGUGGUCAGAGUUUGAACACGUUAAACAAUAUAUACACUUAUCUCAGAAUUUCCGAGUUACGGAGGAUGAUAGCGUGGAGUUUGUGUUUGAAACAAAAGUUGAAAGUUAAGUUACUAAAUAAACUCAGACUUAUAGUGUAAAUAUUUUGUAAACAUUACUUUAAAAAUAUGUUACACAAAAUUUAACACAUGGCAUAUGACAUAUAUUUGUGUAUAUAAAUACACGCGUGUUAAAAUAGAUAGUGCCAACAAAAUUCUUGGAAAUGGAAGGAAAAUAUGGAUGUUCUAAUAUACAAGGAUUAU